GCAGACGUAGUCAAACAGCAGGUUGGCGGUUGUCCCUCAGACUCGCUGUUUCAGGUGUACGGUGUAUGACACCGCGGAGGUCCGCUCAGGUGUUUUGGAGCCUCACCAGUGAACGAAGUGGCCUGACGCGGUAUGCUUUGUUUUCAAGCCCGGCUGUCUCUGGGACGUCUGAAAUGCCGUUGUUCGUCCGCCUCCGGCCUCCUUGCUUCUGUCAAUAAAGCGGGAGCGCCGCUACAAUGAAGAACACCGGGUCAAGAAUUUGAGCCGCUGCUUGUUUGUAGCUCGAGCGGGGACGAAGCUAGCGGUUCGGCUAGCUCAGACAGCUCGCACACGGCGGCGGCUCGGAUAUCGGAUUAGUUUGAGUCAUGGCUGGGCUCAUCAAGAAGCAGAUCCUGAAGCAUCUCUCCAGGUUUGCUAAGAACCUGUCGCCGGACAAGAUCAACCUGAGCACGUUGAAGGGGGAGGGCCAGCUCACCAACCUGGAGCUGGAUGAGGAGGUCCUCCAGAGUCUCUUGGACCUGCCCACCUGGCUGGCCAUCAACCGGGUGUUCUGCAACAAGGCUACCAUCAGGAUACCAUGGACAAAACUGAAGACUCACCCAAUCUCUUUGUCUCUGGAUAAAGUAAUAAUGGAGAUGAGCACGUGCGAUGAGCCCCGUCCACCCAAUGGUCCGUCUCCCAUAGCAACAGCAUCAGGACAAAGUGAAUAUGGCUUUGCUGAAAAGGUGGUGGAGGGGAUUACGCUCUCCAUCAACUCCAUCAUCAUCAAGAUCAGCGCCAAGGCCUUUAACGCCUCCUUUGAGCUCUCCCAGCUGCAGGUCUACAGCGUCAACACCAGCUGGAGCAUCAGUGAUCUGCGCUUCACUCGCAUCCAGGAUCCUCAGAGGGGGGAGAUCCUGACGUUUAAAGAAAUCAGCUGGCAGAUGAUCCGUAUUGAGGCUGACGCCAUCCAAAGCACCGAGCACGAGAUGUUGAGCGCGCCCAUCCGCCUCAUCACCAACCAGUCAAAGAUCAGAGUCACUCUGAAGAGACGGAUAAAGGACUGUAACGUGGUGGCUUCGAAGCUGAUUCUUAUCCUGGAUGACCUGCUGUGGGUGCUGACGGACUCCCAGCUAAAAGCAAUGGUGCAGUAUGCGAAGUCGCUCAGCGAGGCCAUGGAGAAGUCUGCGCAGCAGAGGAAGAGCAUGGCAGCAGACGAACAGGUUUCAUCGCCGCCUCCUUCAGCCCAAGAGGUGCGCACCCAGCAGACGUCCACAGCCACCGACCAGAGUGCAACCAUAGCCAAGUUGUUCAGUGCCUACGAUGUGUGCGAGACCUCCCACCACCUCCAGAUUACACACCUCGACCUGCAUAUCUGUGACGACAUCCAUGCUAAGGACAAAGUUACCAAUAAGAGGAUAACAGGUGGAGCAAUGCAGCUUUCUUUCAGCUCUAUCACUCUGGACUACUACCCGUUCCACAAAGCAGGUGACAGCUGUGUCCACUGGAUGCACUACAGUGAGGCCACCAAAACCAGAGAGAGCUGGGCGAAAAAUCUACUUGACGAGUUCAAAUCCAACGUAGAGAUGUUAAAGGAUGCAGUUCGAGACCGACAAGGCCCAGGUGCUGGACACAGCUCUCCACAUCAUGGAAAGAUCAACACAACCUCCUCCAGCGCUUCAUUCAGUCCACCUCCUCCUCAAACUCCAAAGACCCACCUUAUGUCCAGCUCGUUUGUUCUCAGAAUGGCUGACAUCAGUAUUUACCAGGUGUCGACAGCAGAUCAGCAUCGGUCUACCCCAAAGACCAUGGUCUCCUGCAACAAAAAGUCCCUGUACCUUCCUCCAGAGAUGCCGGCUAUUCAUGUUGAGCUCACAGAAUACUACUUUCCUGAUGAAAAAGAUGACCCCAUUCCCUGUCCCAACCUGUACGCCCAGCUCAACGCCCUGCAGCUGGUUCUGGAUCCUCGCAGCUUGGUGUGGCUCAACCUGUUUGCCCUCGACCUCAGGCAGAGUCUGGAGCAGUUCAUGGAGAUCUACAAGCUCAACGACUCACAGAAACCUGACGAGCAUGUUGACAUCAAGGUCGAUGGGCUGAUGCUUAAAGUGGUGGUUCCCACCGAUCAGGACGCCUCCUGCCCCGAUGACCUGCCUCGCGCCAUCUCCAUACAGACUUCAGAAAUGAUCGCCACUAACAGCCGACACCCUGCCAACUGCACUCGCUCCCACCUCGAGUCCCUGCUGCAGGCCUUUGAAGAGGAGCCAUUCUUCUCUUCAUCAUUCUCCUCCUUCCCUCGCUCCUCUUCCUCUGUGCCCGUCCUCCAUCCAGUCUUCCAGCAGCACGCUCAUGAACAAGACACAAAGAUGCACGACGUCUACCGGGGGCUGGUGGUGCCAACGAUAAGCACCAACGCCCUCAAGACGCCUGCUGCUUCAGACUUCUGGGCGCUGCACUUCUCCCAGUUUUGGGUGGACUACGAAGGCACCCGUGGAGGUAAAGGGCGUCCGCAGCCGUUUGUAGACUCCUUCCCUCUCACUGUGUGGGCUUGUCAGCCUGCGAAACUCGUCCAGCUUCAGGAGAAGCUGAGGGAAUCUUCUGGAUGUGGGUUGUCCCGAAGCGCGUCAGCAGAGGCGUUCGCACGCUUGCAGAGAAAGCGAUUGUUAAAGGAAUUUUACAGCACAGACAGCGCACCAGCAUCCUCUCACUGCAGCUUAUCAACACUGCCACCCAGCAAUGGACUCCAUAACCCCAUCUCACUGGACAGUCGGCCCUCUUCGUCCUCUUUGCCAUCGAGUAAAGAUGCAGAUGUGCACAUACUAGUGCAUGUGCAGAAACACUUGAGCGCUCAGGUGAGCCAUCGGCAGUAUGUGUUUCUGAUGCUUCUUCAGCGCAGCCUCAAAGCCCUGCAGCAGACACUGCAGCAGGAUCUGGAGGCGAUGGCCUCUAAGAGAGAGCGCAAAGACACUUCCCACCGCGCUGCCGACCACCAGCCCUUUACGUUCUGCCUGGGCCUUCUGCUCAAAAGUGCAGAGGUUUCCCUCCUUUUGAAGCCUGUAGCCGAAUCCGAGGGUGCAGAAUCUCCUGCAAGAUCGGAGCUGUCCCCCUCAGAGAGCAGAGGAACCCUGGAGCCUGCAAACGAAGCAGGGGAGGAGUCGGAGAAGGGCUGUGAAGGAGGAGCAGCUAAGCAGUCUUGCACUGUAGAUCAGCUGUUAUGCAGCGUAGGCCCGGAGAACGGAGCCACGCAGUGUCCUGCUCCACUUGUCCCAUCCUCCAACUCUGCUACUCAUCCCGACUCGAACCAAAAACACUCAGAGAAGAGGACUCCUAUUAAAAAUCCUUUGAGGGCGAGUUCAGUUGGAGGCGGCGAGGCUACGGAUAAUGGGUUGGCUGCAGGCGAUGAAGUUGGGUUGGACUCCAAAACCCAAGUGAAUGACCCCCUGUCUGACCCACUUAGCAGCAAAGACUUCAGUGACAAAGACAAGAUGCCAGCACUGAAGAUGCCUCAGUCAGUCUCCAGGAAAGGAAGUUUGUCUGUGGUUUCUGAUCUCCUCAGCUCUUCAAACUCCAGCAGAUCCAGCUCCCUUUAUUCCAUGUCUAACAUUGGUCGUUUGAUGCGUGACCGCUCCCAGUCCAGUUUCUCUGUGUCCUACAAAAACAUGAAGAAGAGCCCAUCCCUCCAGUCCCUGGACAACAUCUCCAUCGACAGCUACCUGCUGGAGGAUGGAGACGCCUACAGCUUGUUGGAAAGAGAUGAUGUGUCCAUCUCAGGCUUCAAGGAUACCAUCAGUGAGCAGAGCGCCACGGAAAGCGCCACAGAGGCGGUAACUGGUCAGGAGCAGGAGGGAGGCGCUUCCUCCGACAGCGUCAGCGCUACGUCCCAGAGCAUUGAUGAGCCUACCAAAGAUCUAGUGUCUGUGCUGAUGCUGAAGGUGCAGUCGGUGUGUGCGAGCAUGGAGGUGGUGGGCGAGAGCAUGGCUGUGGCGCUGGAGGUGGGCCAGAUCACACCCAGCCAGCUGGGCAACGUCAGCCUGCGACAAUACUUGAGCAAUCGCAGCCUUGGUAUGCUGAGUUCAGUACCAAAGCCUGCUCAGAGCAGCCAAGCUGGCAGUGAGAUGAACCCCACAUUCACCCGAGCCAUUCACAGUCCGGAGGUGCGGGCUUGCCUGGAGAACGGGCCCUGCGCUGCCUCCCAUUCCCCGCUGGCCGAGCGCAACGGCUUCCUGCAACUGCAACUGCACGGAUACCACGCCAGCUUCAUGAUGUCCACGCUACGCAACCUCUCCCUCUUCCUAGAGGACGACUCCACGUCACAGGUGCUGCCCAUGGAGAUCAGUGUCAGGGACACGCUGAUCACUUUAAAGGAUGACGGUUCCCGUGACAAUCCCUCGGACCCCGACCCCUCCCCGAUGACUCUACAUGUAGACAGUCUCAUCAUUCACAAAAGAGACGACGGGUCUUUCUCUAUAGGAGUGGACACUGCUGCUGAAGCCAAACACAACAAAGCAAAUUCACUGAUCGACAGUUCUCUGAUUCCGGUCCACGAGACUGUGAGCAGAGUCUGCAAGAUACAGAAAGCUACGCAGACCCAAAACCCACCUGCCAGCCCCAAUCCAUCAUCCAGGGAAAAGAUGCUAAUAGACGAGAACGAAUGCUUAAAGUUGGAGCUGUCCCGAACCAAAAUGGCGCUGGCCGAGGCUCAGAUGGAAAAGGACUCGCUGCUUCACCGCAUCAAGAGCCUGAAAAUGAACACCAGCUAGUUCCAACACUCAAACAAGAACCUGGACGGACAGCUGCCUUUGAGUUGGUGGCAUUUUCAUGCUUCUUUCAGGAGAAACUAUUACGUGUAGCUUCAAAACAAUGAAGCUGUCAGGAUUUUUAGACAUUCAUCUGUUUUAUCCUCAACAUGCAGUGUUUGGGGAGUAGAAAAGAAUAAAAAGGGACAUUGUUUUACUAUUUUAUUGCCCGAGAAAGAGAAAACCGUGUGGGAUUGAUAUUCUUGGCGGUGCCUAAAGAAAACCCUCAUUAUUCCUGUUCUUAAAUAAAAGAACACAACAGCUUUUUCAGAUGAGCUUCAGACGAACCUGUAGGGAAAAAUAAAACACUGAAUGUUGUAACUUUGGAAGAAUGCCUUUAAAAAAACACAUUUUGCACCGUGCUGAAAUAUUCUCUUCAGUGCAUCAGAGGGGGUGACAGAGAAACCCUGCUCACCCUCAGUGUACAGUGUAUAUUGUACAAGAAUGUAACAACAUGAACUAUUUUCUACAGACUUGUGAACAGUUACGCAGUGUUUCAGCUGAAUCUGUUUGUUUUUUUGGUCUCGGACAGCCUUUUGUCUGAAGUAGAGGGUGAAUUUUCGUGGCUUCGUUGAUCAAAAUGCCUCACGAUGGUCUGCGCGCUCCAUGCUUCUUAUUUUUCUACGUGUAAAGAGCAACUUAACUUUAAAAACAGCGGCGUUGUAAAUACAAGAGGUGAGGCUACA